AUGUCUGGCGACGGCCAGACGACUGCUUCUAGUCGCCGCAGCACCACAACACCAGCGGCGCAGCAGAGAACCAGAGACGCCGGUACGGACGCAGGUAUGGACGCAGCAGCAUCAGCAGCAGCAUCGGCAGUCGAAGCAUCAUGCACCACCGACGAGGCCGUUUCAAGCUCAGCAGCCGUCCCAACAUCUGAACGUUCGCAUGCGCGCAUUUCGCCACACGAGCCCCCUCCGCUGGACCUCCAUGGGCUGGCGGACUCCCCCAUUGACCCCUCUCUGCCCUUCGCCCCCCACCUGCGCCUCCUUUGGCGCGCGCUGCAGCAGCAGCCGGGCUUUAAGCCCCUGCCGCUUCCCCCUCACCUGGCUUUCAGGGAGGGCGCGGGGAGGGGCGCGAGCAGGCGGGGAGGGGGGAGGGGCGGCGGGAGGAGAGGUGGGGAAGGAGGUAGUGGUGGAGGGAGAGGGGAGGGGGAGCGGGAAAGGGGGGAUGGUGAGCAGGGGGAGGGGGGUGCGCGGGGAGGGGGGGAGGAGAGGCCACGUGUGAGGAACUGGUUGGUGCAGACGGCAGUGCUGCGGCGGGUGCGGGUGUCGUAUGUGGACUAUGGGACCAAGGUGCAGGCGCUCACCGCCCUCUGCUACCCGCGCUUCAGGUGCGACCUGCCUCUGCUGGCAGUGGAGCUGCUGUGUUUCAACUCCUCCCGCCUGCUCGCCUUCAUCGACCUCCACCCCACGUCGCCCCAACAACUACACCGACUCACCCAGGGGAACCUCCUCCCGCCUGCAGUGACUGCCCGUCUGAACACCAUUCGCCAGCAGCACGCCCACCUGCUGACGCCCAUGACCGCUCGCUUCUUCGCCUCCGACUCGCACUUCUUCUCGCCGCACCUGCUGCUCUACCGCUCUCAGGACGGCUGGGCCGAUGCCAACCUGCAGCCCCCCAGCGGCAGUGUGUGGCAGCUCCUCACCGAGUACCUCGCAGCCUACCACGACGCAUGCAUGGCAUGCCAUGGGGAGGCAGCAGGGCGGUCAGCACCAGCAGCAGCAGAGGCUGAUAUUUGCGAGGCAGCGGAGGGGCAGAGGGCGUUUGAUGGGUACUUUGAGCGCCACGACCCUGCCGUGAACAUGCUGGGGCAGCUGUUCGGAGAGCAGGUGAGGCGUGUUCUGUGCUCCUGCUAG